AUGGCGCCCCCGACCGAACUCCUCAACCUCGACGUCGAGGCCAUAUCGGGGAUCCUCGGCUCCGUAUCAAUAGCAUGCUGGGUCGUCGUCUUCUCCCCGCAAAUCAUCGAAAACUUCCGCCGCUCAUCCGCCGACGGGCUCUCCAUCCAAUUCAUCAUCAUCUGGUUAACGGGCGAUGUCUUCAACAUCUUGGGCGCCGUAUUGCAAGGGGUCCUGCCGACCAUGCUCAUCUUGGCCAUUUAUUACACCAUUGCCGACGUGGUGCUUUUGGCGCAAUGUUUCUAUUAUCGGGGAUUUACCUGGCGGGAUGAAGUGGUUCCCACCAUUGCCAUUGACUCCGACGACAGUGAAGCUGCUUCAGAGCGUGAUAUGGGGAGCAGACGCGGAAAGAACAAGGUCGGCGGCGGCGGCGGCGGCGGCGAUCUCUACCCCUACGACGGUACCGGCGAAGGUCGCGGGUCCAGCUGGUCGCAUCUCUCGCCCGCGGUCCCCCUCGUCGACGACGCCGACCUCGAAGCCGAAAUCCUGCAGCAACCGCGCGGGCGCAACGGCAACAACCGUGCACGACCUGCUGCUGCCGGUCCCACGAAGCUGCAAUCCUUCCUGUUCAACCUCAUGGCCAUCCUCAUGGUUUGCGCAGCCGGCGUGAUGGGCUGGUUUCUGUCUCGGGAGUAUUACCCACAACAACCAUCAUAUGAACCUCCUCCAUCUUCCGAUCCCCAAGACGGCGGCCUCCCCAAAACAGGAGUCGAGUUCUCCUUUUGGGGUCAAAUCUACGGCUACCUCUCCGCCAUCCUCUACCUCGGUUCUCGACUUCCCCAGCUACUUCUCAACUUCCGGCGCAAGUCCACCGAGGGUGUGUCGAUGUUGUUCUUCCUGUUUGCCUGCCUGGGCAACUUGACCUAUGUCUUAUCCAUCUUGGCCUACGACGGAUCGUCGGAAUGCGCUGCUGGCCCGGGCGAUUGCGAGGAUGGAGAGCCAGGCAAGAUUUACUGGCACUAUGUGCUGAUCAACAUGAGUUGGUUGGCGGGCAGCGCGGGGACAUUGUUGUUGGAUGCGGCGAUUUUUAUACAAUUCUUUUUGUAUAGUAACGAGGAGGUUUGGAGUGAUGAUGAGGAUGAUAGUGAGUGGGAUAGUGAAAGUGGGAGUGGGAGUGAUGGGUGUAGUGUGAUUAGCGAGAGGAGUGGAACGGUUAGUGAGGAUGGGCAGGCAGGGGUUGAGCAGGGCCAGGAAAGUGAUGGGAGGGGGUGGGAUAGUGAUGAUGAGAGAAGUAAAUUGGAUGAGGCUGAGAUGAGAGGUAGGAGGAGGAGGGCGGAGAGGGAUGCCGGGGUGAGGGGAGGUGCGUCUGUGGGUGCGGGUGGAAGUGAGAGUGGGAAGCUAUGAGGGAGGUAAAUGCUUCACAUGUUUGGGUUUCAAAAAAUGGUUGACGGACGUAUGACGAAAGGCAAAACGGGAAAUGGGCGGGCAUAUAUGGGCGUUUAGGAUGACGUUCUGGAUCAUACAACUUGGAUCAAGGCUCUUACAUCGUUGCAAAAUGAGAUAUACAACCAUUCCCUC